UGAGGGAUCCUUGAAAUAUAGGUAUUCAUUGUUGUAAGAUACAAUUACGCUUUCAUACAAGAGUUAUACUCGGAAACUGCAUGUACUUUUCGCCUUAAAUCUCUAUCAAUUAUACUCACCAAAGCUCUUCAAUUUUGUUAAAUACUGGGAUUGUAAGCUAUUCAUCCACAUAAACAAAUUCAGUGUAUUUAUAUUCAUUGGAAGAAGAAUCAGUAGCCUAGAUAAAUUUGUCAUUUUCAACAUUUUAUCCAUUAAUGUAAGUUCUUUAUGUUACAAUGAACUCUUGGCCAUCUUGAAAAUGAAUAGAACAAAGCAAUCUUGAGUCAAGAUCAGAUUCCUAUUGUUACAAGAGAUGUCAACUACCAUUUGAAUGCUUGUCAAAAAUUCUUAUUUUCUUUUUUUUUUCGAUUUUUUGUUUUUAUUUAGAAUGUCAACUCUUGAUUUUGAGGUUACUUCACCUCCUUCUGAUAGUAUCUCUGAUCUUGCUUUCUCACCACAAGCGGAUAUCUUAGCUGUUUCUUCCUGGGAUGGUGGAGUGAGAAUAUAUCAAGUCGAGCCUACAGGAAAUACAGUGCCCAAAGCUUCUUACAAUCAUGAAGGACCCGUCCUUUGCGUCGAUUGGGCAAAAGAUGGUAGCCAUGUCGUAUCGGGUGGCACAGAUAAAGCAAUUCGCAUGUAUGAUUUGAAUACAGGACAGAGCACCCAAAUAGGUGCUCAUGAUGAACCUGUCAAAGCAGCAAAGUUCCUUGAUGGACAAAACGUUUUAGCGACAGGCAGUUGGGAUAAGACAUUGAAAUAUUGGGACUUCAGAUCGCCACAACCUGUGGGCACUGUGCAAUUGAACGAGCGAUGUUAUGCAAUGGAUACGCGAGGUAACUUAUUAGUGGCUGCUACAGCUGAUCGCCAGGUACUUGUUUUUGACUUGAGUAAUCCUACAACCAUCUUUAAACAAAGUGUUUCCCCAUUAAAAUGGCAAACACGUACAGUAUCAUGUUUUAUUGAUGGUAAAGGUUAUGCGAUUGGAUCUAUUGAAGGACGUCUUGGUAUACAGUAUAUUGAUGAACAAGACGCAGCUAAAUCCUUCUCUUUCAAAUGUCAUCGAGAUGAAACAAAAAAUGUGUAUGCAGUUAAUGAUAUCUCAUUCCAUCCUAUCUAUGGCACCUUCUCAACUUCAGGUGCUGAUGGCACAGUGAGCUAUUGGGACAAGGACUCGAAGCAACGGUUACAUACAUUGCCAAAGGCAGGCACAACUAUUCCUUGUACUGCUUUUAAUCGUACUGGUAAUAUCUUUGCUUAUGCAGUCAGUUAUGAUUGGACAAAGGGUCAUCAAUUCUAUAGUACAGAAGGUCAAAUCAACAAGAUUAUGCUUCACGCUGUUAAAGAUGAAGAAAUCAAGCCUCGUGCUAAAAAAUAAAUAAAAUACCCCUUAUUAUUGUUAUUUAA